AUGGCUUCUCCCAAUGAUCCCCAGAAUAGCCAGCCUCAAUUUGAAAAAACCCAAAAGCAAACGGCACGCAAGAAGUUCGCCAAACCUCCUGUCAAGGUAGCUUGUCUGUCCUGUGCGCGAGUAAGGGGAAAGAAUGCUGCUAUCUCCCUAGCAAACGGGGAGGCCCCCGAAAGAAAAAAGUGGGACAGUCCUCGGGACUGGGCUUGGAACCCUUUCCGGACCCCAGCUUACAGGAAGUUCGAUUCCCUGGCUGUCCCAGGAGCUGGCUUGAGACAUCUCGACUUUCCUCCGCAGGACCAGUCAAUGUUUGACAGUUUAAGGGUUCCCGCUAGUGGGGAUGUAUCGCCUCCGGCGCUAGCUGCGGAACCCACCUCUAAUCGUGUACCCAGCGAGGGCCCUUCACGGGUGAGGGUGUAUGGUAAUGAAGAUGAUAUACUCAAUGGGUAUUACAUAUUUAUCCAUCAAUAUUUCCCGAUAUUCCCUCCUGCACAUUCCCCCAUCACAAUUGACCGCCCCUUGGACUUCCCAGGGAAAUCAUCAAAUCAAAAACUUGGCAUGGACACUCCGUUAGGUUACAUACCGAAGUCGCCCAUCAGUCUCGCAAUAUCCGCCAUUCUGGCCCUCGUCCCCCAUCCAAAGGACCUAAAGCCAUCUUCACCGGAGUCAGUGCGACUUCGACGGUCGUAUGCCCAGUGGUUUUCUCGAGCAUCCUUAGAAAGCGUUGAGACUGAAUCCGAAAUUGCGGAGUCUGGUGCCAACCCUUCCCAAGCCCUUCUCAACGAACAUCCUAUCCCUAAACGACCAUCACUUCACCCGCAUGUCCCCGUUGAAUUAGAGGCCAUUCUCGCACUUCUGAUUCUCAGCGUUUAUGAAUAUGCCCAGCGGGGAAAUCUUGUCAAAAUGCGACACCGUGCUGGUCAGGCUUUUGUUACAGCAAUGAACAUGUCGCUGCAUGCAUUACCACCAGAAGAUAGCAUAUAUGCUGAAGCGAGACGACGCGCCUGGUGGAUGACCGUAUAUUUCGCUGAGACGAGCCUACAGUAUUACUCCGUUUGUCAAGGUUCGAUCGUGAGCACGACUCGCCCUACAAUCAUUCCCAACGACCCGCGCUUCGUGACCCCUUACCCAAAUUUCGCUUCGGACCCAGAUUGCUGGCCGCUGCUGAUGAGAGCCCAGCAUGCCCUUAUCGCUGGGACUCAAUUCAUCAUUGAUCUUAACCAAACCUUAAAAUCCCGAGGUGACAUGUCAUAUAUUUACGAACGGAUGAAGAAGAUUGACGCUUGGAUUCGCCCCGUUUUGGCCCAAGCCAAUACUGCCCCACCUGUGUCUCCUGUGAGUGGAAUAACUGAUUCUGAAGCAAUAACUGCGCAAAGCAUCCGAAAAAUAUGUCUUAUAAAGCUCUCGAGCGCACUCAUCAAAACCCACCGUUUCCGAGCAUUCUUAGAUAUACCCAUUUUUAUUAAAAAGCACUGCGAUCUUACUUGCGCCAGCAUAGGGUAUCUAGCGACUGAGGCCGAUGCACAAGGAAGCUCAAAACAUUGUUGCGCCGAUACCAGCUUAUAUGACAUUCCCCCAAUACCUCUACCGGGCCAAUCCCCAUCCUCCUGCUCGACGACGUCGGAUAUAUCUGGGCCAACUACUUCCUCUUCAACCUGGGUUGACCAGGAUUCGUUUCCAUUCACGAAUCAGCAAUCAACGGAAAUCUGUUUAACCUCAGCUCUCACCAUAGCUCAUAUGUUCCACACCCUCCCCUACCCGGUCCCAGUAUAUGGUGAUAAGGACCUGCUAGAUCUUUCCUCGAGGGCGCAAUCACCUUCCCAUGAGCUCUCAGCUGUUGCUCCGCGGACAAUGCCUUCUUUUGCGUGCUGUGCCAUGCAGAGCAGCUAUGCGAUGCUCAUGCUUUAUUAUAAGUCUCGAGUCGUUGACCAGAAUAUCUAUGUGGAAGGCAGGCCCCUCAACUUUUCUGAAGAAUUAACGGAGGAGCUCCAGUAUGGUUUGGAAUGUGUGAUAUCCGCUGUUAGAAACUAUUCAAGGGUGUUUGAAGCGCUAGAUGGAAUGAGAGGAAAUCGAAAGCGCUUUCAUGAUGGCAUUCGCACAAGUGCAGUAAUUAUGCAGCAGGGCCUAUCACCACUACCUCACACUUCCGCGUCUCGGACCAGCAAGCCUCAGCUCUCCAAUAGAGAAUGA